UCCUUUUGCCAUUGGCUCGCAGACAUGAGGCCCCGGACUUGAAGUCUGGCGGGACAUUUAUAAACACCGCCAUUCUUUUAUUAAUUCCAUCUUUAAUGCUUUACAUUUGUUAUGGUCGAGUAAUUUUUUGAAUAAUGAAGCGAGGAAUCGAAACGUCUUGUGGUGAUACUUGUGUUUAAAGGCCAAUUAGUCUGCAUUGAGCGGAACAUUACGAAUGAGCAGUUAUUAAAAACUAGGAUAAUUGUUUGUUUGGGUUUCGCUCUUGGAAACAACCGAGUAACGUUAACGACAAAACAGGCAUAACAAACACAAAUGGAUAUAGAGUACCCUGCCUUGCGGAGGCCAAAGAGGAAGCUCUGCUACCUUACAGAUAAUACAUGUUCAUCUAAGCAGUGUGCAGGAAUACAGACAUUGGAAGAUGUUGAUAGGAUGUUUGACUUUGAUUCAUCCGCACAUGAUAAAGACAUACUUGAUCCAUCUCCUCGGCUUCAGAUGUUUGACACAGACCAGAGUGAGAAAACAUCAUCAUUUGGAAGAUACCAAAUGGGUCCUGAAGGAGAUGCCAUUCCUGAACUAGGAAAUGAUUUGGACAUCCCACUUCAUGAGCCAGUUAAGACAUCCAGUCCUAUUGAUGAGAAUAAUGUUGUGAAAGAAAGAGAAGAGGAGGAAGAAGAAAGAGCCCUAGUUGUGCCCUCAGUUUUCUUCUUUGAGGAUGAAGAAAAAGAAGCAGCAGAGACACAGCCUGUAAACAUACAGAUGCCCCAGCGCAAAGAACACAUCACAGAGAAGCAAGAAAUGAAAGAAAACGUAGACCUACUUGUUCCAGCAGGGAGGCCGGGGCCUAAACUCCAAACUUCUGAUAACAACUUAGGAAGGGUUUCGAGACAGCCAUCAGCAGUUCCCACUGGCGUGGGAAAACACAUAGAAGCUUUCCUACAGAAGGUCAGAGAAGCUGCACUAUCUAAGCCUGCAUGUUCCAGGAGAAUGUCAUCACCAGUAAAAGCAUCCACGCCUCCUGAGCCAGAGGAUGAGUUCCUGAUUAUUGAGGAUGAUGGAUUUUGUUUUUCCAGUCCACAUAAAAUUUCCAUCCCACAUAAAACUUUGAUCAUAAAGACCCAGAAGAAGAACGAGUCUAAGGCAGAGCAGAGCAGCACAAACAAAGACGGUUUAAAAAAUAGUCCACUAGAGAAUGCAGAAAAAGAAGAGAAACCAGAAAAGACAAACACCACACUGGACGUUCAUCCUGUUGGUCAGAAAACAAAACAUAAUGAUGGGAAAGAUAGGAGGACAAGAAAGGGAAAGGGGACUGAAGUGACUGAACCAGGAAAUAAUAUGGUUGACCUGUCUAUUCCUGAGGAUGUUCCUGCAAGUGACUUUGUGGGACAAGAGAAACAGCAACUAAAGAAGGUCCCAUUUGAAGAGAGUGAUAAGGCAGAGGAGGAACCUAAAGACAGAGAUGGAAGAAACAAACCUAAGAAAAUGGAAAAGAAAACUCGAAAGUCCUCUCAGGUGAAGAGCUCAAAGUCUUCAAGAGACUUAAAAGAAAAUGUUAAGACAAGCAGAGCUAAGUUGUUAGAGAAGACCAGAAAGGUAAUGCAGGGAUCUGAAGACAUAAAGGAGAUGGUGUGUGUUGACACUAUGAAAGAACGAAAUGAGGAGCAGAGCAGUAAGGAGCAGGCAGAUGCUGAAGGCUUGGAUUCUCUUUCAGCAGAGGGAAAACAGAACAAACUUUCUGCUGUAUCUGAAGGGAGUCUGUCUGAAGAUGGCCACGUUCUUGGUAAAAGGAAAAGAAAACCGCUUGGACAGAGGUGGUUGAACAGCCCUCAGACUCCAGAGGAAACAAAGGAUACAGACAACUAUUUCACAUUCAAGAAGUCAAAAUGGAACAACAAAAACCACAGCGCAGCAGGAAAGGCUACGAAGGAUCAGGCUUUAGUGGGAAGAAAUCAGAAACAGACUGUGUCAUCAAGUCAGAGCACAGAUACAGCUAAGAAAUGGCGAACCAAACUGAAGAAAAACAUAAUUACAGGAGGAGAAAGACCAGACAACAUGAAAGAAACAGAAGUAUUUCACAUGACCAAGGAAAAGCAGCUUGAUGAUCAAGAUCAGGAAGUCCCAGAUCAGGACCCGGAUUGGGUACAGAUGAGCUUUAACUCAGGGAAUCGGGUGUUUCCAAGAGUCUACCACCCUGUCGCUAAUGAAAAACUGUCCAAAACACAAGUGCCUAUCUCUGUUAGAAGACCUCAGGGGCAGCUCAAGACAACAGAAUCAGAGAAACGGAGGAGGAAGCCUCCUGGUAACUGGUGGGUGGCUUGUGAUGUGUCUCAGGACAGGAAUUGCAUCUCCCCACAACCUCAGCAGCUUCGUCCUAAGGAGCCCAAACCUAAGAAAAGAGAAAAGCACAUUAUAAAGAGCAGUUCUGCACUUGGAACUCCCAAAAAAGGCAACACGGCAGUUUCAUCACAACCUCUGAGGGGAGCUCCUGUGUUGCCUACUCUCCAACUGUCAGCCCCUAAGACUGUCAAAAGCUCACCGGCCACCUUUAAAGACAUUUUUACCUCAUCCACAGAGGCCAUGACUGUGGUCGGCAGCAGAGACGCACGCCAGAAUAGCAGGUGUCAUGUUAUUACACGUCCUGCGGAGGAAGUCACUUUUGUCCUUUCAAACCAAAAGACCCCCCAGGACAUCAAUUGUCAGUCAGAGAACACUUUAAAAGACCUCAUAAGUGGACCGUCGUCCAUGAUUGAGCUGGAAGAGUAUGAGGAGUGUGAUGACUUGGUUUUGGCAUCUUCCAGAACCUAUGAUGUGCUUUGUGCAUCAGAUCUGUGCGCGCCUCCUCUCAAACCUCUGAUCUUACACCCAGAGGAUGAGGCCAGCCUGAGACAGUGGUUCAAGAACCUCUGGUCUACUCCUGUCCACAGUGCUGCAGAGAUCAGUCCAAACCAGUUUGACUGGUACAUUUAUCGAGAGAAAGCCAUUGGCCUCCUGGUAGACCUGAACUCUGGCUUCGUCUGCAGUGGAAGGAUUUUUCUGGGCUCCUACGCAAAGAAGCCCCUCUUUGUGGAUCACAGCGCUUUAACAGUUUUUAAGCACAAAACAAGCUCUGUGAAUGUAAUCAUCGACGGCACCAAGUCCUGCUUCAACGCAGGACAUUCCUUUAUGGUCAAAUGUGGACAUGCCUACAGCAUCCAGAAUGUCACUGCUCAGCCUGCGGUUCUCUACUUCACCAGGAUAUUAACAGAAAGUUCAGACUGAAGUUGUCUUGCUGGCUUUUCUACUGCUAUUAAAACCCAAAGACAAUAAGGCUCUUGGGGGCCUUAGAAGUGUUGAGACCCGUUGUAAAUAAGAAAUAUUUUUGUGUUGCCCUCACUUAAUUUGAUUCUUUGCUGUGACUUAAAUGAUUUCUAAAUUGGCAGUAAAGGUGAUGUGUAAAUAAUUUUUUUUUUUUUUUCUAACUCGAGUUUUGUUUAACCUUAAUUGUUCAGGUACUGUUUCCAGCCACUAAGGGGCAGUGCACAGCUGUGGUCUAACUGUACACAGGACUGGAAUUAACAGGAUGCGGGGGUUUUAAACUUAAGGCUGUUGAGAACUGUCUGUAUUGAUUGCACCUUUUUGUCGCUGCUGCCUGCUCUCUAGGCAAGGCACAGUUCAUCUUAAACAAGUCUGUUAUGUCAGAUGUUACCUUUAGAUGUCAAGGCUCGGGUGAUUCUGGUGAGAUGAAGUCUGUUUCCCCAUAGUUUAUUCUGAAACUAACCUUCACUCUAACCCGUCAUGUUUCCUUUACCCGACUCCAACCUUACAGUUUUCUGUUCUUAUCUGGUGCUUCAGAAUACGCCUUAUGGAGCCAUUGCUUUGUCUCCAGACAAUAUUUGGUCUAUAUCAGGGGUGCCCAAAGUGGGGCCCGCGGGCCAAACUUGGCCCGUGGAACAUUUGUUUUGGCCCGUGGGGACAUUUCUUGGCCCCCCACAAUUUAUUAUGUCACCCCAGUUGUCAGGUCAAGCAGCUCCCAGCUCAGCUCGCGACCCGCCAAUAAAACAAGGAGAAGAAGAA